AUGAACGAUCUUCUAACGGAAUCAUUUGAGAUCCCACGUGGCCAAGGUCGUGGUGGUGUAGACAUUGAGUUAGGAGCAUAUGGAAUGAACUCAGGAGAACUGGGCUUGAAUCUUUUCUUCAAAAAGAUUCAAGAGCUCGAUAAACAAUAUGCUAAGCUGGAUAUGCUUUUGAGAAGGCUCCAGGAAGCCCAUGACGAGUCAAGAUCUGUGACCAAGGCUCCUGCCAUGAAGGCUAUUAAAGAGAGAAUGGAGAAAGAUGUUGAUGAAGUUAAAAAAACUGGAUAUUACAUAAAGACAAAAAUUGAAGAACUGGACAAAGAGAAUUUGGCAAAUAGGCAGAAACCUGGAUGUGGAAAAGGAUCAGGUGUUGACCGAUCACGAACAGCAACAACUAUUAACUUGAAAAAGAAACUGAAGGACAAGAUGGCUGAAUUUCAGACCCUUAGAGAAGCCAUUCAUCAAGAAUACCGUGAAGUUGUUGAGAGACGUGUGUUUACAGUAACGGGCACAAGAGCUGAUGAGGAGACAAUUGACAGAUUAAUUGAGACUGGAGACAGUGAGCAAAUCUUCCAGAAGGCAAUUCAGGAACAAGGAAGAGGGCAGAUAAUGGACACACUAGCAGAAAUUCAUGAGCGGCAUGAAGCAGCUAGAGACGUUGAGAAGAAGCUUGUUGAAUUACAACAGAUUUUUAUGGAUAUGGCAGUAUUAGUCGAUGCACAAGGUGACAUGCUUAACAACAUAGAAACACAGGUUUUAAAUGCAGUAGAUCACGUGCAACAGGGCAAUACAGCCCUCCAUAAGGCAAAGAAAAUUCAAAGGAAAUCUAGAAAAUGGAUGUGCAUUGCACUCAUAAUAUUUCUUGUCAUUCUUAUAAUCCUCCUUACCAGUGUCAUCAAACCAUGGCUUGCCAAAAAGCAGGGUGUUUAA